CCGGGCUGGGGGGAGGCACAACAAACAUGGCGGCGGCGGGAGGCGGGAGCGGCGCGGGGCGGCGGCGGAGACACCAACAAAUGGAACACAAAUUAACUUAAGCCUACAGGAGGCUGUGACACCUGGAAGAGGGUAGGAAAAGUGGAGAAGCUGUGCUCUGUGCUUUUUAUCUGACGUGUUGAGGUACAUUUUGGAGCAUGUUUGCUACUUAGCAGGGAACUAAAAUUCAGGCACGAGAGGUUAUAAAUGAAAGAGUCAAUAUGGGGGAAAAGAAGGCAGAACCGUUGGAUUUUGUGAAGGAUUUUCAGGAAUAUCUGACCCAGCAGACCCACCAUGUCAAUAUGAUUUCUGGAUCAGUUACUGGUGACAAGGAAGUAGAGACUCUCCAGGGAGCUGGGACAGAAGGUGAUCAGAAUGGCCUGGAUCAUCCUUCUGUUGAAGUUUCACUGGAUGAAAACUCAGGAAUGUUGGUGGAUGGCUUUGAAAGGACUUUUGAUGGGAAGUUAAAGUGUCGAUACUGUAACUAUGCCAGCAAAGGAACAGCACGGCUCAUCGAGCACAUCAGGAUCCACACAGGGGAGAAGCCACACAGGUGCCACCUGUGUCCCUUUGCCUCGGCCUACGAGCGUCACCUGGAGGCUCACAUGCGGUCCCACACCGGGGAGAAGCCCUACAAGUGCGAGCUGUGCUCCUUCCGCUGCAGCGACCGCAGCAACCUGUCCCACCACCGCCGGCGCAAGCACAAGAUGGUGCCCAUCAAGGGCACCAGGUCCUCCCUGAGCAGCAAGAAGAUGUGGGGGGUUCUGCAGAAGAAGACCAGCAAUUUGGGCUACAGCAGGAGAGCAUUAAUUAAUCUGAGCCCGCCCUCCAUGGUGGUGCAGAAACCAGACUACCUUAACGAUUUCACCCACGAGAUCCCCAAUAUCCAGACUGAGGCGUACGAGGGCAUGGCAAAGAGCACUCCAAGCGGGGGCUUGCCAAGAGAUCCACAGGACCUCAUGGUGGAUAAUCCUUUAAACCAGCUCUCCACCUUAGCAGGACAGUUGUCCAGUUUGCCACCUGAAAACCAAAAUCCAGCCUCUCCUGACGUCGUUUCCUGUCAGGAUGAAAAGCCUUUCAUGAUACAGCAGCCUGCUGCACCUGCAGUAGUUUCAGCUGUGUCAGCAAAUAUCCCUCAGAAUUCCUCUCCAACCAGCCCUGACUCCCGGCCCACACACAACCAGAGGAACUAUAGUCCCGUGGCAGGGCCCAGCAGCGACCGCAGUGCCCACACCAGUACUCCCAGCAUCAGCAACAGCCAGCCCAGCACUCCAGCUCCAACCCUGCCAGUGCAGGACCCUCAGCUCCUGCACCACUGCCCACACUGUGACAUGUACUUUGCAGACAAUAUCCUUUACACCAUCCACAUGGGAUGCCAUGGAUUUGAAAAUCCUUUCCAGUGUAACAUUUGUGGGUGUAAGUGUAAAAACAAGUACGACUUUGCUUGUCACUUUGCAAGAGGCCAACAUAAUCAACAUUGACUGAGAACAUGCUUUUCUUUAGUUUUUUAACAUAUUACAGUCUAUUUUUCAUACUUGCUGAUGGAAAGCUUGCACAUUCCCAUAAGGAAUCUUCACAUUAAUCAAUCCGACAAAGGAGGCAAAUUGAUUUCCGUGUUCUUGUAAAACUUGCCAGGGAAAUUUUGUAUCAGAUUCAGUUGCUGUUUUAUAUGUAGCCUUUCAAAAAAAGUCAAGAGUGCUGUAAGGGUUGGAAUGCAUUUACAUGCUGUGGUUGCUAAAUUUAAGUUGCUUGCACUUAAUCCCAAUAAACAUUCUGCAAGUGGA